ACUCGCGUUGCGCAGUUCCGCACUUCCAUUUCAACCGCCGUCGCGGGUAGUACUUACAACCGAGCAACAUGCAACAGAGAUCUCUGAUUCUGGGCCUGCUGGGCCUCUCCCUGCUGCUGGUGGCCGUUCAGGCUCGUGGACGCAUCAUGGGCGGCGAGGAGGCUGGCCUGAAUGCCACGCCUUUUGCUGCCUCCCUGCGCGUGGACAAUGCCCAUGUGUGCGGAGCUUGCAUAGUCUCCGCAACAAAGGUCCUGACCACGGCCCACUGUGUGUAUCGCGAUGGAAAGCUCCUCGCCGCCAGUCGCCUUUCCCUGCGCGUGGGCAGCACCAAUCAGUACGCCGGCGGACACAUUGUCGCCGUGGACUCGACCAAUGUCCACCCGGACUACUAUCAGCUGCAAAACAACCUGGCCGUGCUCACCCUCAGCUCCCCAUUGACCUUCACCGAACGCAUCAAGGCCAUCGAGGUGGCCGCCAGCGAUGACGCACUGCCCGCCGAGGGCUCCGAGGUCAGUGUAGCCGGCUGGGGACGCACCACCGAAGGCACCACCUCGUACAAAAUCCGUGAGAUGGCCCUCCAAGUGGCCACCGAGGCGGAAUGCCAGGAGGCAUACAGCGAUCCGGCUGGUGAUAGCUUCUGUCUGGCCCAUGAGCUCAAGGAGGGCACCUGCCAUGGUGAUGGUGGCAGUGGUGCUGUCUACCAGGACAAGCUCAUUGGACUGACCAACUUUGUGGUGGGCGCCUGUGGUUCCCGUUACCCCAAUGUCUUUGUAAAGCUGGCCCCCUUCUCUGAGUGGAUUCAGGAGCAGUUGGCUUGAGUCUUGUUUUUUUUAAAUAAAUAUUAACAUUUUUAAGAAAUAUUAAAUAAUAUUAAAUAAA